GCGGCCGCCGCAAGCUCCAAGUUUAGCAAGCAGACAGAAAAGUUUAGAGAGAGAGGUUGUGGUUGUCGAUGUUGAUUACAUUGGAAUAUGGCCACCAUCAUGGAAGGGUCUUUGAGUAAAUGGACCAAUGUAAUGAAGGGCUGGCAGUUUCGAUGGUUUGUGUUGGACGACAAUGCUGGUUUGCUGUCAUACUACACGUCACGAGAAAAAAUGAUCCGUGGCGUUCGGAGAGGCUGUGUGCGACUCAAAGGAGCUGUCAUUGGAAUAGACGAUGAGGACGACAGCACUUUCACAAUCACGGUGGACAGUAAGACUUUUCAUUUUCAAGCAAGAGAUGCUGAUGAGAGGGAGAAGUGGAUUCGAGCACUUGAGGACACAAUUUUAAGACAUGCUCAUAAGCUGCGUUGGGAUCCAUCCAAGCCAGCUCCUUCUGUUCAAGAUUUUGAUAAAAAGUUGGUUGAAGCAGAUGCUUACCUGCAGAUUUUGAUUGAUCAAAUAGAGGCUUUGGAAGAUCGAAUAGAUAAAAUGCAAGACCCCUCAGACAAAUCUCAUGGACUUCACAUUCGGGACCAUGCAAAUUCUCUACUUGAAAAUGUGAAACAUUCCAUUGUGCUUCUCCAAAUAGCAAAGAAUACUGCUCAUCCUGUUAAUGGCAUUUUCCAACCAGCUACAUCUAGCUAUACAUUAAAUGAUUCUUCUCCUACUUCAAAGCAAGAUUCAGGGCCGGACAUGGCGAGUCUUACCUCCACUGUGGUGCACACUGGCAUCGAAAUGGGAGCCGAAUGCGUGGCCAAUAUUCCACCGUCUUCUCCUUCUGGCGGACCUCCUGUGCCACCUGGCUCCCUCCCUCUCUCUCUGUCUGCGCUCAGUGUGACCGGCGGGGCGCACCGACCAAGCAUGACCCUCCUGGUCCCGGACAUCUCCUACUCGAGCUCCGAGGACGAGGACUUCUACGACGCCAAUGACUACACGUCGACCCCCAACAGCGUCCACAGCGGACUGCCGCUCUUCUCGUCGGCCUCGGAGCUGGACGCGGCCGGCCGCACCUCGGCCUCCCCGCUGGGCCGGCGCGAGUCCGAGGCCUCCUCGGCGUCCCAGGCGCACGGCCUCGGCCACGGCGCGGGGGCGGUCGGCCUCGGCGCCGCGGGUCCCGGACGCGGCAGCAUCGCCGGCGAACAGCGGCGGCAUGGAGUACCACCCCUCCUGUCGGACGGCUCGCUCGACUACGACGCGCUCUAUGAAGACGAGGAUGAAAGCGACUUGGGUCCCAUGGAAGCUCACGGGUCUGUUGUGACUCACCUGCUGUCACAAGUGAAGAUUGGAAUGGAUUUGACCAGAGUUGUGCUGCCGACGUUUAUUCUAGAAAGACGAUCCCUUCUUGAGAUGUACUCAGAUUACUUUGCACAUCCAGAUUAUUUCUUGAAAAUUGCAGAUUUUAAAGACCCUCGUGACCGAAUGGUUCAAGUUGUCCGGUGGUACAUGUCUGCUUACCAUGCAGGCAGGAAAAGCUCAGUAGCCAAAAAACCCUACAACCCCAUCUUGGGUGAAAUAUUUUACUGUCACUGGAAUGUACCUGAUAUCUCGACAGGAAAUGAGCCCCUUGUAACGGAUGGGCCUGUCCCCUGGUGUGAUCGGAACCAGCUCACAUUCAUAGCAGAACAAGUUUCCCACCACCCUCCCAUUUCUGCCUUUUAUGCUGAGCAUUAUAACAAGAGAAUAAGUUUUUGUGCACAUGUUUGGACAAAGUCAAAAUUCCUUGGUCUCUCUGUUGGUGUGCAUAAUAUUGGUCAAGGCUGUGUGUCUGUUCUUGAAUAUGAUGAAGAAUACAUUGUUACAUUCCCAAAUGGUUAUGGCAGGUCUAUUCUAACAGUGCCAUGGAUUGAACUUGGUGGGCCGGUGACAAUUGCUUGUGCCAAGACUGGUUUCAAUGCUACCAUUGAGUUUCACACCAAACCAUUUUAUGGUGGUAAAAAGCACAGGAUAUCUGGCGAAGUUUUCCAACCCGGAGAAAAGAAACCAUUCCUGAGCAUCAGUGGAGAAUGGAACGGCAGCAUGCAUUCAAAGUGGGCGGAUGGGAGAACGGAACUAUUUUUGGAUGUGAAUGAAAUUCCCAUAAUCAAAAAAGAAGUGAGACCUAUUUCUGAUCAGGACGAAAUGGAAUCCCGAAGGCUCUGGAAAGAAGUUACCGCUGGGUUGAGGUUAAAUGACAUUGACAAGGCCACCAAUGCGAAGACAGAGCUGGAACAGCGACAGAGAGAGGAAGCAAAGGAUCGGAAAGAAAGGAACUUGCGGUGGGAAACCAAGUGCUUCCGCGAGACGGGGGACAACUGGGUGUACGUGGCUCCGCUCAUCGCCCGCCUGUCGCGGAACGGCACCACCGGCACGACGGACCCCCACGCCGCCUCGGAGCAGCGGUAGUGACACGCCCCCCUGCCACCCCAGUGGCGCCCAGGGCCUCCGCCACACCGGUGGCCUCCCCGGCGUUGUCCCGGCGAGCAGCGCGAGCAGCGGCACCCAAUCGCCGCCACCCAUCACCUUCUCCCUCACCGAGCCCGUCGCCGAGCCGGUCGCCGAGCCGGUCACCGAGGCCGCGGCGUCGCUCGACGACCUCCUCUCGACGGACCGGCCGUGCCGCGUCUCCCCGCGGCCCUCCGUGUCGUCCACCGUGACCAGGAAGGCGUCGUCGUCCUCGGACAGGCCGUGCGUCGUGUCGCUGACCGCCACGCCGGAGCGCCGCGCCGUGCACUCGUCGCUCAUCCUGGACCCCACCGCGCUCGCCGACCUGUCCUUCACCUGCUGCAACAACUCGUCCUGCUGCCCCCAGACUGCCCCCAGGCUGUGGAUGCGCGGCGACCUGGCGCCGUCGCCGUCGCUGCCGUCGUGCACCGUCCACGGCCUCGGACACCCGGCGCCGCUCUCGCCGUCGCGGUCCUUCCCCUGGGUGCCGUCCGCGCCGUCCUCCACCUGCCCGGACUCGGCCUCGGACAUGUGGCGCCGCGGCCUCGGCCGCUGGGGCUUCCUGUCGCGACCCUCGCGCCCCCUCUCCCCCUCGCCGGCCUCGUCCUACGGGCUGCGGCUCAGCGACUCGGCCCUGUCGUCGGCCUCCUCGCCGUCCUCGCCGGCCGCGCGCUGCUGCCACCACACCGUGCACCACGUGCAGCGCCGCGUCAGCCCCUGCUGCCGGUCGUGCCGCCGCACGUGCUGCGUGGUCAUGUGAUAGAUCCCCCUCCCCCUCCCCUCCCCCCUCUUCCCCUCUCAGAAUGGAAUGCAAGUUGUGCUGUGAACACGGUAUUGUCGUAGGACUAGGAUCGACUUGAUGGACACCCAGCCGUGACCCUGUUCCCUGUUAUGUAGAGCGUAGUUUUUUUUUUUUUUUUUUUUUAAGUAUAGGCCGGACCCUAGGGUCUGGUGUUGUUAAAGUUGCUUGUGGUGCUACAGGCUGUUGGUGAAAGAACCAAGUAAAGCCAUUUAGCUGUCUGUAUUGACUGUUGUGUAGUGUUUUCAAGUUUUUAAUCUUUUUGCAAUCAUGUCCACUGCAUCAUUUUUAUCAUUUUUCCCUGGUGAGAAAUUUCUGAUGUAGAGUAGUAUUUUUUUUGGCUAUUUGAAUGAUGCAGGACUCUCAUUUCUUGAAAUCUCUUUUCUAAUAAUGUGUUCUUUUGAUAGGAAAAACAUGCUCUUUUCACCAUGUAGUAUUAUGCCAACAGUGGAGAAGCCACAAUGCUGAUAUCUUAGACUGAUACCAUUGUUUGUGCUCAUUCCUAUGGCACACAACAUUAAAAGAGUGACCGUUUUUCUCUAAAGUUGCUUUUGUGUUUUAUUAUCCUUGUUUUGAGCUCAAUCCAAACUGUUACUGUUUUUUGAUCUUCUUUCUUUACAGUAAUCAUCGGCUUUUCUACUCAUUUGGUUCACAGGCAGGUAUUCACUCAAUUGGUGGCAUCUGUAAUUUUUAUAAUAUUUUUAUCAAGCAUUUGUAGCUAGCAGAUUAUGGCAACUUGCAGGGAAUGUAUUUCAUUUUUAAAAUGAAUUGCUAUAGCUACUCCACACUCAAUCCCUAUCAUGUUCUAUUCAUUGGCAGAGCUCUCUGCUCAUUUUUUUAAUUGAUGUCUUGUGCCCCUCUUCAUCAACUAUCUAGACUAAGUUGUCAAUGUGUUGAGAAGCACAAAGGAAGUUUGAGAGUAACGCCAUAUUCUUAUGUGUUUGUAUUUUUCAUCUUUGUUUCCUGCACCUGUUUUUAGAACUGAUUUUCAAACUAAUUUCCAAGUGCUUCAGUGGAAUGUCUUUAAAAUAACUCUAGUCUAGCUAUUAUUUUUGGACCUACCAGAAAAUGAAGAUGUUUGUCAUGUUCCAUUGUGGUUGUGGCUGUGUUUGUAAUACAAUUGAUUUUGGGUGGUGUAUAUUUUGCCACCAAACAGGAAUGAAUUUGAACAUGUAGUGUUAAAGCAUGGAAAAAGUUCUGCACCAUGCUUCCACAGAACAUAAUAUCAUAUCUACCAGCAAUGUCUUUUUAACUUAUUUAUUUAUUUCUGUAAUAAGCUUGGUUCUAGGGAUAUGUUCAAAGAAUCCGUUACUGGUUUGGUUUACCUCUGAUGUGAUGUGGAUUAAUGUGACUGAAGUGUGAUUUGUUAUUAUCUUUUACAUUUUCUAUUUAGGCAUACACUAUACUGUAAGUAGUCUUUAUCUUCUUCCAUCUGUCAAUGUUUUGACUAGGUUGUGCUCACAUUCCCUUUGUAAUGCCAGACUUCACUCCUCUCUGUGAAGUAUUCGAUGCCAUUCCCCACAGACCUCUUUUCGUUAAGAGGUUAUUAAAUUAUAAAUUGCAUUAAUAUAUGGAAUCUGAUAAGGGUCUUGAAGUUUUGAAACUUAUUUACUGUGAAAAAGAAAUGCUGUGUUAUAAAUGCAGAAUCACCCAUUAGAACUCAAGUGUUUGUAGGUGGUGGUAUUGUGUUCAAGUGCAGAUAUACACUUGGUAGUAACUAAAUCUGACUGCAGCCAAUGUGCUCUUAUAAAUGAACUCGAUUUCCUUCCUUUAUAAUAUUAUCUGUGCCUACCCGAGACGCAAUUGCCUUCAAGCUCAAAUUACAACACUAGAAACAGCACGUUGAUAUUGAUGAGCACAAAUCAGUCAAAAUGGCCCUCAUUUUCUAAUCCUGUACAGCGCUUAUUUGUGGCAGUUUAUUUUUGUGAUUGUUUUGAAACCGUCAAUUUCAAAGCAGACAGGCUUUUUGAUUUGGUUCAACUGUGUAGACUGUCAGAUAAUAUUAAUCUUCCUGGCACCUAUCACAGUAUGCAAAACAUGAUUGGAAAAGUUGGUACAAGGAAGAACUAUUUUGAAAUCUUCCUCCUAAAAAUUUAACACUUUGUAUUAACUAACUAAAAGUUGUGAUACAGCUUUUAAAAAUCCACAAAACUAUCAACAUAAAACAUUAUAUUUCAAAUUAUGACAUUUCCAUUUUGGAAAUAUUGUUGCUAGGUCUUUAACAAUACCUGUGCAUCUUAAACAAACCUUAUUAACUUUCAAAGAUUAAAAUUGUACAUAUACCAAAGGAGAGUAGAAAGAACAAGUUGGUGCAUCAAUUAAUGAAAAGGAAUUUAAAUUGAAUGGCAAAUAUCAAAUCAGUAUAUUUUUAAUUUUAUCAACUUCUGGAAAGUACAAUCCAUUUAUAGAUAACAUUGUUGUACAGCAGUUCUGACUGACAUGAAUGUGCUCCUGUAACUGUAUUAAAUAUUCAUUUUAAACUAGAAAUAAAGAGUUUGGAUUCACAAUAAAUAUUGA